AUUAGAACGCAAUAAUUGGGAAUAAAUUCGACUUUGAAUGCGUUUGUUGCAUUUGAUCAUUAUUGUCUUAUCACUAUAAAUCGUCGCGACCGCCAGAUGUCGCCCAAUUGAACAAAACACCAUUCCGGAAAUGUCAAACUGACAAUCAACAAUUGACUCGUGUUAGAACAGUUUUUUGAGCUGUGAUGAAUCAUCAAUGAUAAAUAAACCACUCAAGUGUGUGAAAAACAGUUAAUUGAACUUAACUUUACCAGAAACCAGUACAGAACUCGUGAUUAAUUGUGCGAAAAUGUCGCUGUACCCUAGUCUCGAAGACAUGAAAAUCGACCAACUGUCGCGGGCUUUGAGUGGCCAGAGCCCCGCGACAGCCCCCCAGGUCAGCGCUUACCCGGCGCUGGGAGACUUCAUGGGGCUCGAGCUGACCGAAGCCGUGAUCAAGGAGAACAUGCCAGAGUACCUGCAAGUGGCGGUGCCCCAAUCGUCGGCGCCGAUCGCCGUGGGGGCCACCAGCAUGAUCGCCCCCCUGUCGGGCCAGUCUUUGGGGCUGCACCGCGCGCAAGUCACCAACGGCGUGCGCCAGCUCACCCUCUGCAAAGACAAGGACGGCAAAGUGGGGCUGCGGGUCAAAGCGAUCAACAACGGGGUUUUCGUCUGUCUGGUUGUUGAUAACUCGCCGGCGGCGCUCGCGGGGCUCCGGUUUGGGGACCAGAUCUUGCAAAUAAACGGGGCCACAGUGGCCGGCUUUACAAUGGAUAAGGUCCAUGAGAUGUUCAAGAAAAGCCCAGUUAAUGGGAUUAACGUCGUUGUGAGGGACAGGCCCUUUGAACGCACCCUAACUUUGCAUAAAGACAGUGCGGGAACUGUCGGUUUUCAGUUCAAGAACGGGAAAAUUACCACGAUUAUUAAGGAUUCGUCGGCGGCGCGAAAUGGGGUUUUGACCGAUCACCAGCUGCUGGAAGUUGAGGGGCAAAAUGUGGUCGGGUUGAAAGACAAGCAGAUCAGCAAGUUGAUCGAGGAGGCCGGGGAGGUGGUUACGAUCACGGUCGUGCCGAGCUUUAUUUACGACCACAUGGUCAAGAAGAUGGCCGGUUCUCUGCUGAAGGAUUUGAUGGACCACUCAGUCCCCAACCUCUAGAAGAUGUUUAGCUACUCUUAAGCAUAUUUUAUCUCAUUAUAUCAUACGUUAUUUUGAUUUUAUUGUUACAAUAAGUGCAAUAAUUACACGUUUAAAUGAGUUGCACCGCGUGUUGAGCACUAGAAUGUUUUUAUAUUGUUUAUUAAUUAACCGGUAAUGACUAAGCUGUUGCAUGCCUAUCUCCGUAUAAUCACUCAUACAUUACAUUACCAAAGAAUGUCGGAUUUGUGAUUGCGUCUGUGCCAGAAGUGUAAAAAUGUUAGUUUUAUAUCGACAAAUAAAUGAAAUAUUUAGCGCAA